CCUUUAUUAUGAUGUCUGGAUAUGAAAGCAAUCAAGAAAUAUUUCAAGCAUCCAAUUCUAAUGAUAACGAGAAUAACUUAAUUGCUACUAGCAGUAGUGGAGCUCAACAAACAAAACGCCAACGCACAGAAAAUAAUGAUAGGGAAAGCAUUUGUUGGAAAUAUUUUGAACCAUUCAAGGUCCCAAGGGAGAAUGGAACAGUGACAAAAUGUACAGUUCCUGGAUGCACUGCAAGUUACAUAUGGUGUGGAUCUACUUCUAAUCAUGUUCGCCAUCUUAAGAAUAAGCAUGGUAUAAUGAAAUCCUCAACACCUUUAACACCUUUAACAUCUACAACAUCAACUUUAACAUCAACAACAUCAACUUUAACAUCUACAACAUCAACUUUAACAUCUACAACAUCAACUAUUAAUUUUAGUAAUUCGGAAUCAGAAAUUAAUAUACCAUUAAUUAAAUUUAUUGUUUCCUCUGGAUUACCUUUUAAUUUUGUUGAUGCUUUAAAAUCUGCUGGAUUUGUUAAUCCAAAUAUUGAACUAUCUACUUCUGAUAUUAUAAAAGAGCAAAUAAAUAAAGCAUAUAAUCGUUUAUUCCUUCAAUUAAAGUUAAAAGCUCAGCAAGAGAAAUCUACUAUGUUUUCAAUUUAUGAAUUCAAGCCAGAUACUAGGAUUAAAUUUGAUGACUACUAUGUAGUAAUAACUUGUAAUUGGCUAACUAAAGACUUUGAAUUUCAUAAAAUCCUGUUAUUUGCAAAAAAAUCUUACUCUGAAAUAGACGGUGAAUCUUAUGAUGACGAUAUUCUUGAUGCAUUUGAAAAAUUGGAGUUGUCUAAUUUAAAAUUUUUUAGCGACCAUGGCUAUGAACUUUUCGGAAGGUUGCGGGAUUGGGAUUGUGACGAGAAAUAUCAAAAUUCCAUACAAAACCUUACACAAUUGCCUGUUAACUGUUUGAAUAAAUUAAAAGAUUUAAUACUAAGAAGUUUAGGAAAAUGGGCUAGAGAACAC